GCCUUCACUCAACACUUUCGCGAGCGAGGCUCGGGCCCGGCCCGCGCCCCCUCCGCGGCCCGGCCCCGGCCCCGGUCCCGGCGCGGCGCGGCGCGGCCAGGUUCAACUUGCCCUUAAUCCAUGUGAAGACUCACUGGCAACAUAAUCUGGAAACUACUAACAGUUUUCACCAUCUGUAACAAAUUGUAUUGUGGUGUUAAAAGAAGAUUCUGUCCAAAUGAGCAAGGCAUCACAACAGAACGCCACUACGGAAGCAAACGGGAUAAGUGUGAUUCACACACCAGCAAACACCAGCGGUUUGCAGCAGGUUCCUCAGCUGGUGCCCGUUAGCCCUGGUGGUGGAGGCAAAGCCUUGCCUCCAAGCAAGCAGGGCAAAAAGAAUUCCUUUGUGGAUAGAAACAGUGAUGAAUACCGCCAGCGCCGAGAGCGCAACAACAUGGCAGUGAAAAAGAGCCGGUUAAAAAGCAAGCAGAAGGCACAAGAUACGCUGCAGAGGGUUAACCAGUUGAAAGAAGAAAAUGAACGUUUGGAGGCAAAAAUUAAGCUCCUGACCAAGGAGCUAAGUGUACUUAAAGACUUGUUUCUUGAGCAUGCACACAAUCUGGCAGACAAUGUGCAACCUAUUGGCACAGAAACCACCACCACAAAUCCAGAAAGCGGUGGACAGUAGGCACACUACCCCCAAACUGAUGGACUGAACACUAGAGGGGCAGCCUGCCUGCCCCUCUCCUGCAGGAGCAGAGAAGGAGCUUUGUUCUGACUUUUAACCAUCACUUUUUGGGGAUUUUGGGGUUUUUUAGGUUUAACACUGAAAGUUUGAUACAAUUGAAAUACAAAUGGCUUUGAGUACUUUGUAUAAUUUGUUGAAUAUUUUCUUCUCAUAGGUUUGGCUAACAAGAAAAAAUGACCUAAAUUGACAAAACAACAGAGAUUUUAAUGUUAGUUAGUGAAAUUAAAUUUCCACAGAAAUGUACACUGACCUUCUGAUUUUGCAUAUAGAAAGGAGUACAGCUGAACAGUUUUAUUGUAAAAUAGAUAACUGAAAAUUGGAGGAAAUUUCUGUUAAAUAUCCUUUAAAUAUAUUUCAGUGUCUGCUGUUUCUCUAUUGUGUAUACAAAACUUCAGAAGGCUAUAGACUAAGUAUGCCUUCUUAUCUGGUGGACUGCAAUCCCUGUUCAGUAAAAUUCAGGUCUUUCUUAUUAUCCUUUCGUAGUUGAUGGGGAGUGCCUAGUAACAGUGCCUAGUAAUAGUGAGCCAAGGUGCUUACUAAUGUUUUCUAAAGACUACUACAUUUUUUGUGAGACAUAACAAUGUAUUAUGACAUGACUGACAUGCACACGACUGGUUCACAAACUGUCAAUGUUUCUCAAGAAGCAUCAUGUAUGAAAGAAAGUUGAACAUUUUAUUUAUAAGUCUUUUAAAGCUUAUGUUCAACAUGCUAGCAUUGUUUGCGUAGCAACUUGGUGUCCUUAAAGUAUCAUACGUUGGUUUCUAGAACAUAGAUGAAUAUGAUAAAAUAACUGUUCUCUUGCAGGUGUCUGAGAAUCUAACAUAUAGUUUGGCUAAGCAAGGGAAGGGCUGGGGCAAAACAUUGGCUCAGUCAAAAUAUAUAGACUUGCACCUUAACAUCUGAUUUAUAUAGCUGUUCAGUUUAACAGCUGAUACCUUGCAGAGAUCCAAUGUAAUAAAAAACAAAUGCCCCUAGUUUGAAUAUGUGAUUCAGCAGAAUUUCUAUAGUUGUGUGAAGGAUGAUCUUCAAUCUUAUUUUGAUAAAACUUUUUCUAUAGAAGACUUUUUCAAAACCCACUCCCUUACCAUGACCCAUAAUGCAGUGGUAUGUAUUAUACUGAGGAUUUAAAUAAUAAAAGUCAAGCAGGAACUUUGAUGUAACCUUAAUUUAUUUUCAUUUUUUAAUAUUUCACUUAUGUUUGUUUUACAUAUAACCUGUGUGUCUGGCUAGUGAAUUGUUACCCUGUUUUACUUUCCCUCCCACAUCGCCUUUUUCUGAACAUGACUGUAGUAUGCUCACGUGUACUGUAUAUGUAUUUAGGAAAACAACUUGGGUAAAAUCUGUUAAGAUGCUAAGUUAGAAAAUAAAAACUUCCAAAAAAUU